GAAAGUCCAGCUAAAGACAUGAUCAAAUGCCUCUGAUUUCACUUCCAAUGUGUCAUCAAAUGAAUGGCAAAGAUCCCAAUAUCUGAUUCCACCUCAGUUCCUUCUAGCACACCAAAAAUCCUCCAUUUCUGCCCAAGCUUCAAGCUUUUCCAUCACAUCUUUGAGACCCGGCUCUGAUCUCAUCUCAGCUUAAAAAGUUAUGCCAUGGAGGUCCUCCAUGCAGCAGCUAGCUUGACACCUCUCCCAGUUCUUUGCAAAACCAGGAGAGUCUCAUUCUCAUCACUCCCGGUUGCUUCCCUGCCCAAAAAUCCUAACUUUUCUGCUUUUGUCAAGACCCCACCAGCUCUUCAUGGGGGUCUAGUGCUUCUAUCUUCACUGCUUCCCGGUGGUUUAUCUAGAGCUUUGUCGUACGAGGAAGCACUCCAGCAGACUACAGGCUCCGAGUCGUUGGAUUUUAAUCCAAAUGGGGUCGUCGAUAGUGUUGGCAGAUUCGUGACCGAGAAUCCCACUGUUGCAACCGGUGGUGCGGUGGCUUUGGCAGUUCCAUUGAUCUUGUCUCAGCUGUUCAAGAAUUCAAAGCCAUGGGGAGUUGAAACCUCAAAGAGUGCUUAUGCCAAGCUAGGUGAGGACGCCACUGCUCAGUUGUUGGACAUAAGAGGAGCCAAGGAGUUUAGAGAAGCUGGCGGCCCUGAUAUAAGGGGCUUCGGGAAGAAGCCUGUGUCGAUUGCCUUUAAUGGUGAAGACAAGCCUGGGUUCUUCAAAAAGCUGGCUUUGAAAUUCAAGGAACCAGAAACUACCACCUUGUUUAUCAUGGACAAUCCUAGUGCUGUUAAAUUUGUGUUGAAAGCCAGAUUUGAUGGGAAUUCUGAGCUCGUUGCAGAAUUGGUCACUGCAAAUGGAUUCAAAGCUGCAUAUGCGAUAAAAGACGGCGCGGAAGGACCACAAGGAUGGAUGAAUAGUGGUCUUCCAUGGAUACCACCAAAGAAAGGUCUUGAUCUUAGUAACUUGACAGAAACUUUAAGUGGGGCCUUAGGGGACGGAUCGGAUGGCUUGUCUGUUACACUGGGGCUUGCUGCUGCUACUGGAUUAGGCUUAUUGGCAUUUUCAGAGAUAGAAACUGUUCUUCAACUUGUGGGCUCAGCUGCUAUUAUUCAGCUUCUAAGCAAGAAGCUCCUAUUUGCAGAGGAUCGAAAGCAAACUCUUAAACAAAUUGAUGAAUUCUUAAGCACGAAAGUGGCUCCUAAGGAACUUAUCGACGAUAUGAAGGAAAUCGGGGCGGCCCUUAUACCACCAACCACUACUAGCAAGGCUCUUCCAGCACCUACAGAGGCAAACCCGGAGCCAAAAGACGAAGUAUCGGCACAAUCCGUACCCGAAAUUAAUGCAGUACCGAAACCAGAAUCCAAGGCAGAUGGAAGCUCUGGAACUCCGAGACCACUCUCACCAUAUCCUUCAUACCCCGAUUUUAAGCCUCCUACGUCUCCUACCCCGUCACAGCCCUAGAGAUUCACGAUGUUAGUGAAGCCGGGGUGUUCAGCUUCUUCUGCAACCUAAGGAAAGCAAGUAAAUUGGUUGAUCGGUAAGUUUUCAAGCUAUGGAGUGAAUUGUGUGAUCCUCCCUCCUUAACAUGGAUUUGUAUAAUAGAAAAUAGAGUAGUCUGCCUCGAUCUUCUUGUUGCUGCCCUUCUUUUCUUAAUUAUUAGGUAACUUGUAGAUGUUGCUGUAUGAUUUAGCUUAAUUCCAUAGCUUCUCAUUUGACGUUUGA